AUGAGUACAGAAGAGAUUAACAAUACUGUCAGCACUGACUAUUCAGCCACACACUCGCCAGUAAUUAAACCAGCACAACCUUUGCACAGGCACUCUUUUCCUAUUUGUCCCAAGUGUAAUCAAAGUUGUCUUAAGAGUGAUGGCAGAUUCGUCAGAGCUCUUAAUCAAGUGUAUCAUUACCAGUGUUUUGUUUGCGAAGAUUGUUCUUUACCAGUAGCCGAAAAAUAUUAUUCAAUUGAGGAAUCAUCCAAUAGAAGAAGAAGAAAAAUCAUACUAUGUAAAUACCACUACAUGAAGAGAUCUGACUCGAUCUGUCCUAAAUGCGAUAGACCUUGUUCUGGACAACGAUUUCACCCUGACUGUAUCCAGUGCCCUCAUUGCCCGACAUCAUCUAAUAAUAGCACGGGUAACAAUCGAUCUUCAUUUUAUGAAUACAAUGGCCAAAGCUAUUGUCGAAUUCAUUAUUCACUUAUACGUGAUACCCAUUGUUCUGGUUGUAAUCAAGCUAUACUCAAACAGUUUGUUCAACAUCGUGAUAUGCCCGAAAAGAUAUGGCAUCCAGAAUGCUACAUGAUUUAUAAAUUUUGGAGUGUGAAACUGGCCUCAUUGCAUGAACCAGAUAAUGAUGAAUUAGUCGAAUUUCAAGCAGCUAUGGAGAAGGUUGUAAACCGUGUAUGGACAGAUUUGUCUUCAUUUGAAGAAUCAGCAGCCAACUGUAUAUCCGAUCUACUCCUGAACGUUGCUGCUGGCUCGUACAAUGAGACGAUUCGUAUCGCUCGUCAGUUUAUCAUGCACCUCGAAGUCUUGUUUAAUGCCAUUGACUUUAUUGAAAUGCAUUUGGUCAAGCAUCAGCAAAGCAUAAAUUGUUUAAAGGAAGCUAAUCUCAUUUGCGUUCAGGUCAUCCAAUUUCUUCAGCUUCUAAACAUCCCCAAAAAGUCAGAUGCGAGUAUUACUCAGGACCUACUCUCUCUUGUUACCGGAUUAGCACAAAGUCUCAAGUCGCUCAUCCGUAUCGGCUUGACGAAUGCACUGCGUUUGGAACGUGAAUUCAAUGUCAACCAUGCCAUUCUGGACUUUCUGCAGCACCUGCUCGAACUUGAAAAGAAACGUGUGUGGAUAGCUGGAAGGUACUGGUUCAAGGAUCCUCCUUCCUUGGAAAACUUGCCACAAAUCACUCUCUGUAGCAAGUGCAAUCUGGGUAUUUCUGAUGAGUAUUACAGGUGCAAGGACAAGAAUGUGCAUUGGCACCCUUAUUGCUUCACAUGUUCCGCGUGCUCGACUGAUCUCAAGCUGGCCGACCAGAUCGCCUUAGGCCCUUCCAAUGCCUUGCUCUGCCAGGCGUGUCGCCACUCCAAUAGUUCUAUCUUUCCAUGCACGCGUGUGAGUUUACUGCAUCAACAUCUGCAAAGCCUUAAAUUACAUGUUUCCCGGAUGUCUUCAUAUCCUGUGAUAGAUAAAAAACUUACGGCUAGCCCUAUAGAAGAUAAAGAGCAUCCGAUGGCCUUUAGUCUAAAACGGCAAAAGCCUGUAUUUAGCCUAAUCGAAACCAAGGCAGAGCAAGAACAUCAGCGAAAUAAAGCAAAUACCAUUCACCUAGGUCAGGUUCAAUCCGCCCUAGUCGAUGGUAACGAUGAAACAGACAAGCCUAAUCAAAGAGGCAGUGUUGUCGGUAGUGUUCGACGUGCAUUUAGUAUCAGCAGUGGAAAGAGCAUGACACGCAAGUUUAGCCAAAGACAAGAGACAAAUCCUAUUUAUAAUCUUCUCAGACGCUAUUCCAAGCGUGGUAAUCAGGCCAGAAGGGCAUCUGUAUUUACGAUUGAUGAUACAGGACAUCCUUCCAACAGUAGACUGAUCCAAAUGUCUACCUUAACACCUUCUCAAGACUAUGUUCUCCGACAUGUCGCCGUCAUCACCAUCCAACCCUUACUCGCGCCCUAUUUCACAAUCGAUGGUCUAGCUGAUAUUCUCGAACAUGAAUACAAGACAUUGUCUCCUUCUAAUUCAAACCAACAACAUCAUCACCAUUCACCCUCCGCUCUUUGGGGAAAACUGAUUACGCACAUCAAAACGAAACAUGUCGAGCAAGCCAAUGGAAUCUUUGGUGUUUCAUUAUCAGCACUGGUCAAUAAGGACAAGGAAAGGCAUAUAGUAGAAGAAAAGACGCAGGGCACAAGCUCAAUACCGGCUGUAACGCUUCACGACUGCAGUGUGAGUCUUAUGGCUGGAUUUUCACAGAAUGCACUGAUCCCCACCUUUGUGAAAAGUUUAGUAUCGGCUAUACUUCAGUCAGAUAUGUCGGUUGAAGGAGUCUUUCGUAAGAAUGGCAAUAUACGUCAACUAAAGUUACUAGCGGAAUCUGUCGAUAAACUGUACGACGAGAUCUCUCCAAAACGAUCCAUUGAUGAAACGAUGAAUAGCUUGUUAGCUAACCAAUCACCUAUCCAGCUUGCAGCUCUGUUAAAGCGAUACCUUCGAGAGCUACCUGAGCCUCUUCUCACAUUCCAGUUUUACAAGCUUUUUAUACAUUGCGGCAAGAUGAAAGACAGCAAACGGCUACUGCACAUCGCCUGCUGCCUUUUACCAAAGCCGAACCGAGAUACAAUGCUGAUGAUAUUCUGCUGCUUAAAGUGGAUAUCAGGCUUUAGUGAUACCAACAAGAUGGACGUUUGUAAUUUGGCACGCGUGAUCGCGCCCAGUGUGCUUUAUGGUAAACCACGUCAUAAUAGCAAUGGUAGCAGCACGACUGCAAGUAGUCGUCAUGAUAGUGCAGCCUUGACAGAAGAGAUUACCGUUAUUGAACAUUUGAUUCGAUACGGAGAUGAGCUGUCUGUGAUACCACCCGACUUGAUUCUGCUACCAAUCAAUGAUAUCUGUCCGGCUAGUAUGAGCUCAAAGUACUUUAUUAAACAAUAUGCACAGCUAUUACUUGAUAAAAAGCUGGGUGCCAAUCAUAAUAAUAACCGCAACAAUUACCCUGAAAAAAGAAGAAUGUCCUGGAUACCAGGAAAAACUAAAAAAUAA